CUGAUAUUUUAUUUACUCCCGAAACCCAAGAUGGCUCCUGUGAAUGUCUCGGUCCCAUAGCAAAUUGAGGAUGCAAGUAGCUGCCGAAAAAACAACUUUUCCCCGACCGUCGUGUCCCCUGGAGUUCAAUUCGUAUGGUUCGGAGGAGGCCCUUACAUCCGUCUAGGCACUGAGCAGCCGUUGGGGCUUCGCGAAACCUUCUUCAACCCACCAAUUUGGAGUAGUUUCGCGAAGUAGCUCUUCUCCUCGCUGUCGCUGUCUGUCCGGAGCGAGGUUCAGGCAGGCAGCUCAUCCAAAUGGCCGAACCGAGAAAAGUGCAAUUUGUCACCCUCUCGGCCUUCGCAGCUGGAGCAGCCGCGGAGUCUAGGAAACGCCGGUUGGAGGAUGAGGCCGACUUCAACUUCGGGAGAGCCGGGGAGGUCGAAGCGGCAGCGACCGGGGCAGGAGGUGCUGCCAGUAACGACCGUGUCGGUAAAACCGGCGACAGGGACAAGGCUGGAGCCGAGAAGAAGGCGACGGUGCGGCUGAACCUGUCCCUGUCCGAGCCUGACGACCGCUCCUCCGCGGAGUUUAAUUACGGCGAACUCAUUCAAAACCUCCAGACUAAGAACAAUCCUCCAGGUCUGACUUCAGCCCCCGAUCCCAGUGACCCCUUCAAUGAUGACGAGAGAGAGCGGCUUCAGGUUGAGGCUCUGGCAAAAAAGUUUGAAAAUAAAUAUGGUAACACAGGGAAAAAGAAAAGAAAGGACCGAAUGCAAGAUUUAAUUGAUAUCGGGUUUGGUUAUGAUGAGACAGACCCAUUUAUUGACAACUCAGAAGCUUAUGAUGAGCUGGUGCCUGCCUCUCUGACCACAAAGCUGGGGGGAUUUUACAUCAACACGGGCACGCUGCAGUUCAGAGCGACCUCAGACUCUGAGGGAGAGGAGGACAAGAAGCCAAAAGAUGACAGGGAGCAGGUGAUUAAGAGGAGGAAAAAGAAAGAAGUUACCAAUCUGGAAGAGAAGAACCCAAGGAAGAACAAAGUACCUAAACAAGGAGUGACUGCUCUAAACCUCCAUCGACCAGAGAAGAAGAAGAGGAAGAAGUUGAUGAAGGACUCGCUGUAUCUGGCAGCCAUGCUCCGUCGCUUCACCCGGGAGAAGGAGGAGAUGAGGAAGAGGAACCCGAAUAUGUCUCACCCGAGUCUGGCAGGAGGUCUGGCUAACAAGUCUCACUCCACCAACUCCACAAACCACCUGUUGGCCUCAAACUCCACGCACCCACAAGGCAACACAACCAGCAACGACCUCUCACUGGCAGACCUCACCUCCGACCCAGCUGUGAUGUCACUGCUGGGCUCGGCCAACGAGAAGGAGCUUCAGGAUCUCCUUGGCGACCUGGACUUUAGCUUGUUGGACACCGACCAGCAGCAUGCUGUGGCGACAGCCAGGGAGAACGGCAUUCUGGGAGUUGGAGUUCCAGCACAUAAAGCAGGAGGAGGUGGUGGUCAGGGGCGUGGCCUAGGCUCCAGUGGAUUGUUUUCUCCCCCUCCGCUGCCUGAUGGACUGCCUGCUCCUCUUAUCAAACGGAUCGAGGACCUGCGGGCGGCCUCGCGGCAGUUUGAUCAAGAGGGCAGGAAGAAAUUUUUCACCCUGGACAUGAAUAACAUUCUCCUGGAUAUUGAGCUGCAGGUCCAGGAGCAGCCCCAUGAGGUGCGGUCAGACAUCUAUUCGCACAUGGAGGCGUUUGUGCCGUGCAACAAAGAAGCCCUCCUCAAACGCCUAAAGAAACUCAGCCUCAACAUCCAGGACGACCGUUUGCGCACACCCUUGUUGAAGCUAAAGUUGGCGGUGUGCAGUGUGAUGCCAGAGCAGAUUGCCAGAUACAACAUGGACUGCAUGGCUAAAGUUGCAAAGCAGCAGUCAGAGGAAGGCGAUAAGAACGGUUCGGAGGAAGAGGAUGAGGAAAAACCUGGGAAAAGGGUGAUGGGCCCGCGGAAGAAGUUUGUCUGGGAUGACAAGCUCAGGAACCUGCUGUGCAGUUUGGUGCGAGUGAAGCUGAGCUGCUAUGAGAUGGAGAACCAGUGCUCUCUGUCAGUGGAGGACUACCUCAAGGCCUUCUUAGAGAACGAGGUCAAACCACUGUGGCCCAAGGGCUGGAUGCAGGCCAGGAUUCUGUUCAAGGAGAGUCUUGCUGUUCACAGUCACCUCACUGGAAACUCACUAGUCAAGAGGAGAAUGGUGCCAGGCCCCAAGGCCAGAGCCAAGGAGGCUGGGUGGGUCCAGAAACCUCCUGUCACCAUGACCUCCACCUCGGCUCUGACCACCAGCCGUCAGGCCCACUCCUCCUCCUCGCCUUCUGAGCCCAUCUGUCUGUCGGACUCUCUGGACGAGGAUCUGACUGCUCCCUCUCUGGACUCUAUCUCCCAUGCCUUGGCUCUCCUCAGCAAUGCAACCAAGGGCCUGGGACCCUCAGAUAGCCCCUUGUCGCCCCCACCCCUGCAAAUCCCUACCUCCUCUCCUCCACCCGUCACCCCUCACUACCCCUCAGCCUCACAGCUCUCCGCAUCGGUCACAUCCACAACGCAGCAACAUUCCCUGUCGAAGGUGGAGGCUGCUUCUCUGGCAGUUACGCCCGCUGGGAAGUUGCCAACCACGGCGCUUCAGAGCUCCUCUUCUACCUCCUCUUCCUCGUCUCCUGCGGUCUCCUCAGUGACUCGUGUGCCGGCGGCGGGUCUGUCGCUGGCCUCCAGGACUGCAGAUGGUCCCUUUGGCCUGAUAAAAGGAUCUGCCUCUGUGGGCCUAACUCAGAAUCAGAGACACGUUGCCAUGGCAUCCCCUAAUCACAGGCCGAGCUCAGUGAUGGGUGGAGGUGGUAAACUCCACCCACACCCGUCCCCAUCACCUCCAAAGCAGCGACCUCCUCCCACGGCAUCCCCUCUGCUGCCCCCCCACCAGAAGGGGUUUGUCAGCCCAGUGGGGGUCUUAACACCUAUGGGGGCCCAUCAAGGAUUGACUAAGGCUAGCGCCAAAGCUGGGGGUAUUAGCAGCAAUGGCAACGUCACGCCUUCCUCCUCCCCCUCUCCUCAGUCCCGCUCAAACUCUACCUCCCAUCCUGGUCUCCAGUCCUUCUGCCCCCCAUCCCCUGUUGCAUCCUCGCCCUCCCCCACAGCCCACACCUCCCACUCCUCCUCUCAAGGUAAAGCCCACUCCCAUCACCACCACCAGCCCAACUUCAUCACACCCAUGCAGGCCACGCUCACCAAGUCGUCACACAGCAGUAACUCCUCACCCAUCAUCAAACUCACCCCUCGGCCCCCGGCGCCCACACCACCACCCUCUUCCUCCCCCUCCCCAUCGUCCUCCCCCUCACACCCACUCCCCCAUCAGAUGAUCCCUAGUCCGCAGCAACAACACCAGUACUCCCCCAAAACCACCAAAACGUUCCGGCCCCCCUUCAGUGUCUCGGGUGGGGGGCAGGUGAAGCAGAGCUCAGGCAGCUGCAGCUUCACUGGAGGACAGAAAACUACAACCACAAGCACGAGUAGCAUCAACAACAACAAUAACAAAGCAGCAGUGGUGUCAGCUGUCAUCAGCCACCCAGACAAAACUCCACCGCCCGCUGCACCCCCUGUGUCUGUCAGUCAUGGACAGAGGCAGAAGGUCGUGGGCGGAGCCAACCAGGGGUCAAAGGCAGGUAAUGGUUGGGUCUCUUCAGGAACUUUGUCCACGUCCUCCACAACUUCACACCUCUCACAGGUAUCAACAACCGGCACUCCUCUCCUGGGAAACCCCUCCACUCUACCGCUGGGCUUCGGCAUGCUGGGAGGCCUGGUGCCCGUCUCGCUGCCCUUCCAGUUCCCCCCGUUGCUCAAUUUCAGCCCUUCUGGAGCCCCAGGGGCCGCUGGUAUGGGGUCGGCCCCCAGCUCCAACUCAGGAUACUCACUAGCACAGAACGACCUAAUGGAUCUGUAUAAGAGUCUCCAGUCAGGGUCGCAGGCUGCCCUACCUCCUCACUUGCAGCUUGCUUUCUCAGAUUCGAACCAAAGCCAGGGUGGAGACAUGAAGAGGAAAUCCCACUGACCAAUAACAACAUGCCCCUCCCCCUCCUGGACUCAUCCACCAAUAGGAAUCUUCUCAUAGACUGACUGACAGGAUGUGGGGCAGGGCUCCACCGCCUCUUUUUAACGGACCUAAAAGGCUACAAGUGGCAAUGAUGAACUGAACUGUAUUUUCUAAUGAACCGGGUAUGAGAACAAGACGGAGUGAAUGACGAGAACACUUAAUUUUGUUCGGCUUCUUUUUAUUUUGUCAACAUGUUUACAUAUGACCGACCUUUAUCACUGUGGAAUGAGUGUGAGCGAGGUGGUGGUACAGAUGAAAGUAGUAAUAAAACACUACGUUAAUAUAAUUUGUAUUUAAGCUUAUGUGGAAUAACAGGACUCUCGUUCUUGCAGUACAAAAAGAAAAAAAAAAAAAAAAGAGAAGAAAAACAGACCGAGUAAUGAAUUUUUAUUUUUCUGUCUUUUUGUCUGCGAUGUGGGAAUCGUCGUGUCCGUAGAGUUUUAUUGUUGGUCACCUCUGCUCCCACAAAUGACUGUUAAGUAGUAGCUUAAAUUAAUAUUGAUAAAUUAUUUGUAAUGUACACAGGGACAAAAACAUGUAAUAGUGUGUCUGAGAGAGCGUUGAAUCGAAUGCGUGUAUGUACAUAAAGGAAAAAAAAACAACACAAUAUACUGUUAAUUUCUUUCCAGAUGAUGGUGUAUGAAUGAAUACAUCCCCUCCGUUCGACGGCCCUCUCUUGCUCGGUGUGUUUUUGGUGCUGUUUAAUCACACUGGACCUUUUCUGGAAAAAAGACUUGAAAAAAAAAAACAUUGGAGGACGAGAGAAGCAAGAGAGAGGAAGACAGAAACAGGGGGGGUACAUGUCAAGAUUGUAGCCUACUUGAAUUGUUUUUGAGUUAAGAUUUUUAUUUUAUCUGCUUAUCCACUCAAAUCAACUUAAUAUAACUCAACGCCUUAGUUUGUAUCGAAGAAGUAUGAAAAAGAUCUAUGCAGGACUGUAAAGCGCUCAAUGCAAAAGUGCAAGUCGUUUGCUUGGCUUUCAACCUCUACUCGACUCUUUUUUUUUUUUUUUUAAUUUAGUUUUUUGUCUGUGUACUUUGGAGUUGUGAAUGUCUGUAGGUGUUAAUGGUCACUUGAGACUCCUCUAGUCAAAGAGAAAAACCUUCCCUCUGCUUAAUUACCUCUGUUCACAAAACCGUUCUUCCUCCUGAGUCUCUCGACGUCCCCCCCCACCCCAGCCAACCAACAACACCCCCCCCCCCCGAUUGAGUGUCUGACGGACCAGCUGCACCGAGAACGGCGCCAAAGAUUGAUCAGUAGGUCAUUUAGAUGGGGUCAGCUGGUCUCUGGGAGUGUGUGAGUGUGAGACAUUUUUCCCAAACGUGUGGUCAUUCAGGAUGUCAUUGUAAAGUCAUGUGACUGGAGCAGCGGGUGACAUCUUCUAAAUUGUACUUAGGGCUGGGGGAGGAUGGAAAUGACAUUUCGUGGUUAAAUGGUUACUUAAUUUGGUCUUUUGUAGAUUAUUUUUGUGUGUCAAUUAUGAAAUUAAACACAACAAGUGGUUUUCAU